CUUUUAGAAAAGGGGAGGCUUCCUAGGGAUAUCAACCAAACAUGGCAGCAUAUCAGGUUGCAACGAAACUAGAAAUGUCCCCUCAUAUUAAGGGUGGACAAGACAACUCGGUGUAAGGAAAAGAGUCCCAAAAGCAGGCAAAAGGUUCAGAGAUAGCUCCCAUUCCCACUGUUAGAAGUCCCUCAAGAACACCAAGCUACACAUAUAUGCAGAAGGCCUAGGUCAGACCCAUGAAGCCUCCCUGGUUGUCAGCUCCCUGGUUGAGAGCUCUAAUAAGUUGAUUCUGUGAGUUUUCUUGUAGUGUCAAUGACCCCUGUCUUCUAUAAUGCUUCCUCCCCCUCUUCCUGAUCUGAGAUCCGCCUACUGUUUGGAUAUGGGUCUCAUCUUCAUUCCAGUUUCAGGAUGAAGCUCCUCUCAUGACAGCUAUGCUGUGUUCUGAGCCUACAAGUAAAGCAGAGUAUCAUUAGGCAUCAGUUCAUUGACUUUUGUUUUUACCAAUCAUGCUUGGUUGUAUCCUAAGUCUUUGAGCUAUCCAGCCUCUGGUUCCUGGUCCUCCAGGCAGUGUCAGGCUUAGGUUCCUUCUCAUGGCAUGGAUCUCAAGCUGGACCAGUCUUUGGUUGGCCACUCCCAUAAGUUCUUCUCCAUCGCUAGCCUGUCACAUUUUACAGGCAGACAAAUUAUUAAGUUGAAUGUUUUGUGAAUGGGUUGGUCUCCCAAUUCUUUGACUAGAAACCUUGCCGGCUUUCAUAAAAUGCAUGGUUCAGGCUCUGUCCUCCCCAUUACUAGGAGUCUUUGCUCAUAGAUUUCUGGGAAAUUCUAUUACACUAGGUUCCUACCUCCCCAGUUCCUAUUGUCUCUCUCAGAAUUCUGUCCCUCCACCCUCCCCUCCACCAGAUCUCUCCCCUUCCCAUGCCCUCCUGCCCUCAAUCCACCCAUGCAGUCUUUUUUAUUUCCCCUUCCCUGGAGAUUCUUGUUGUUUCCCCUUAAGCCCUUUGAUACUUAGCCUCUCUGCAUCUGUGGAUUGUAGUGUGAUUAUCCUAUAGCUAAGAUCUACUUACUAGAGAAUUAUUGCUCCGUGGUAACAAUUGUGGACCAGACAAAUGUGAAGUUAACGUGUAUGCUCUUUAGUGGAGACUAUGAGUCCCUUCCCAUCAUUUAUAAAGUUGGAGACAUUGUUCGCUUCCACAGGCUGAAGAUUCAAAUGUAUAAAAAUGAGCUUCAGGGAAUCAACAGCUCUGGUUUCGCAUCGUUGACAUUUGAAGGAACUUUAGGGACGCCUGUCACAGCACGUACUUCAAGCAAAGUUUUUAGCUUCACGUCUCAGGACCAAAAAAUGGUAGAAGCUUUGCGGGUUUGGGCGUCCGAGCACCUUCCGGCUUCUUCAACUUUAGUGCAGCUGUGUGAUGUUCAGCCCAUGCAGUAUUAUGACCUGACCUGUCAGCUCCUGGGGAAAGCAGAAGUGGAUGCAACAGCCUUUCUUCUAAAGGUAUGGGACGGAACCAGGACUGUGUUUCCCUCUUGGAGAGUCCCCACACAAGAUCUUACUGUUGAGGGGGACUUGGACCACAUUCUGCGGCUACAGGGGCUGGUGAUAGACAUUCUAGUCUACGAUAACCAUGUUCAAGUGGCAAAAACCAUCAAGGUUGGAAGCUUUCUUAGAAUCUAUAGCCUCCAUGCAAAACUUCAGUCUGUUAAUUCAGAACCCAGCAGUUCAUCAUUAAGGCUAGAGCUCCAUCUCCAUGGAGGGACCAGUUACGGUCGGGGCAUUAGAGUUUUACCAGAUACAAGCCCUUGUGUGGAUCAGCUGAAAAAAGAUUUAGAAGGUGCAAAUUUAGCAGUCACUGAGCCCUCAAAUGGUAUCUGUCAAUCAAAAAAUGAGGACAACUUUGCACUAUCAAGCUCCAGAUCAGGUUCAGUAUCACUGUAUGAGGAAGAACGAUGUCAGCAAGUCUCUGCUACAAUACUUACAAAUCACCAAUAUUUAGAGAAAACACCACUGUGUGCCAUUUUGAAGCAAAAAGCUCCUCAACAAUACAGAGUCCGCGCCAAGCUGAGAUCGUACUUGCCCAGAAGACUCUCGCAGUCUGUUAAACUUCUUUGUCCUCAAUGUCAUUCAUUGCAAGAAGUUCCACAUGAGUACAAUUUAGAUAAAAUUUUGCAAGAUGCUGCAACUGAAGCUCCAAACAUCAAGCUGCAAGCUACAUCAUGGUAUGAUUCAGAGGUCUGGACCACGGAGGACCAGGGAGGACGGCAGGUCGCUAUUCAUUUUGUGAAAAAGGAUAGCAUUCUCCCGCUUCCAAGUGAAUGUCUAAUUUUGAUAGAAGGAGGAAGGCUCUGUGAAAUCUCUAAACUAUCCAGCAAGUUCCACAGUGUGAUCCCUGUGCGGUCUGGCCCUGAGCACCUGGAGCUCCUCGACCUUUCAGCCCCAUUCCUCAUACAGGGCAAGGUGCAUCACUAUGGAUGUAAACAGUGUUCAAGCUUGAAACCUAUACAAAGCCUAAAUUCUCUUCUUAAUAAAGGACCAUGGAUUCCUUCCUCUGUGGCAGAAGUCCUGGGCAUUGUGCUGCUGCAGUAUGUGUUUGUUAUGGCUUUCACUCUGGAUGACGGAACAGGAGUAUUGGACGCUUACCUCAAGGAUUCUGAAAACUUUUUUAAGAUCCCAGCAUCCGAAGUCCUCACUGAUGACAACCUUCAGAGAAAUCUGGAAAUGAUCAUGGAUAUGAUAUGUCCCCCAGGAAUUAAAGUUGAUGCAUACCCAUGGCUAGAGUGCCUCAUCAAGUCCUACAAUGUCACCAUCGGAACAGAGAAACGAAUUUGCUACCAGAUUUUUGAUACCACAGUUGCAGAAGAUGCUGUCUAGUGCUACUGUUCUGUACAGUGUGUAUGGACUUUUACAAUUUUAGAAAAGGUCUUGACACUCUGAGAAUACCAGAAGACACUUUGCUAUUGUAAAAAAGUGUUUUAUCCUUUUUCACUUUUUUUUGUUUAGUUCUUUUGUACAAAAAAUAUCUUACUGUUAUUUAUGCUGUCUUGUGAACAUGUCAAAAGUCCCUUGUCAUCAUGUCUGGGAAGGUACGAAAUUAGGCAGCGCUGGUUGGGGAGAACCAGGCUUUCUUGGCUCUCAUUUAUAAAACAUUGGGAUCUAAUUUUCUUUCUUGCCAUGCCCACUUAUCUACACCAGUAAAGUCUGCAGUAUCAGGGUUGAAAGCCUGAUCAUGGAUCAGAGUCAUUAUGACUUC